UAUCCAUAUCUAUAAAUUAUAAUACAUGACAUCCAUCAAGCUAUAUGUGUCUGUUGUGCUCAUACUCGCAGGUACCUUUGUCGAAGGUACCCUGGCCCAGAAGACGAAUGGACUCGAUAUUGGAGAAUGUUUGGAUCAGUGGCAUCACGGCAAACCUUGCAAUGUAUAUGAAUGCUAUAACGAGUGCCAGCGAGUAAAAGGACCGACCGCCGGAGGUAGAUGCAAUAUCGAGAAGACAUUGUGUCUAUGUGUAUACCCUUGUUAAAGUCCAUUGUGACGCGAAAGCCAUAUUAUGUAUUUAUUAUAUAAAUAAAUGAG